AUGCAGCUACGAGACCGUUCUAUCAUCCGCAAGCGAGCAAGAUAUGAAGCUGAUUUUGCUCAGUAUAAUAAUCCUUACAGCUUCAAGGAAGCAAUUUCUGGUCCUGACUCAAAAUACUGGAAAAAUGCAAUUGGAGAACUGGAAGCAUAUGAAGACAACAAAACCUGGAAGAUAGUUCCUACAACUAAUAGCCAGAGUGUUAUUGACUCAAAAUGGGUGUUCAAGGUUUUAUUUGACCCAGAUGGUAACAUCACGCGGUACAAAGCACGGCUGUGCGCAAGAGGUUUCAAACAGGACUAUGGUGUUAACUACAAUGAGACUUUUUCAACAGUGAUACAAUAA